GAUUCACAGCCCUCUGAGCCAAAGCCAUGGUUCGCACAUAUCUUGCGGCGUUUUUCUUUUGCUUGCUUCCAGCAGCCGAAUCAAUCGUAAAUAUUGCUGAUCCACUGUACACCAGUCGGGCAGAUCACAUUCAGCGAACCAAGCUCUUUGGGAAUAUCAAUGCUUUCGCCUAUUACUUUGCAGAACUCCUGGUUGGAACACCUCCUCAACGAGUCUCAGUCAUUAUUGAUACAGGUAGUGGUCUUUGCGCCUUCCCCUGUGUCGGUUGCUCUCAUUGCGGCAAGCACUUGGAUCUACCUUUUGAUCGAAAUGCAUCAAACACCAGCCAGGUGCUACCCUGUGGCAUUGGCUGUGAUCGGUGCACUAACAACCAGUGUGGCUAUCUUGAAGAGUACACCGAAGGCAGCCGGAUUGCUGGAACUUGGUUCAAGGACUUGGUCCAGCUGAAUGGUUCAGACAAAGACAACAAGCCAGUCCGUGUCUCUCUUGGGUGCCACACUGAUGAAAGGCACCUCUUCUACACACAGAAGGUCAAUGGAAUUCUGGGUCUGGCACCUCACAAGAUAACAGGAGCGUCCAAUCUUCUGGAAGAACUUUACCAAGACAAGAAACAUGUGAACCAUGCGGUGUUUUCGCUCUGCCUGGCAGAAUGGGGCGGCUUAUGGACUGUGGGUGGUUAUGACGGCAGCUUCAUCCUGCCUGGUUUCACAUUGCUGUGGAUGCCAUUGCACCACAUUGGGUAUUUUGGGAUACAUUUGACAGAAAUCCGAUGUGGAGCUCAAGUCGUUGGUGCCGAGUCAGAUUUUGGCACCACGAUUCUGGACACAGGCACCACCUUUUCAUAUUUUCCACAUCAGACCUACUAUACAUUGAUAACUGCCUUGAAGACCCAAUGCGUUGGGAUCAACUGCGGUGCAAGUCCCGUGCCUCACACUUAUCAGACGUGCUGGAAGCUCUUGACUGGAACAAAGCCUCGCCAGUUCCCAAACAUAACUGUUGCAGUGGGCGAUGCUCAAACUACUUUCAUUUGGCAACCAGAGGCGUACAUGUUCAGAAGACACAACGAUGAGAACGAAUGGUGCUUUGCCUUCGCUGACAACAAAAUGAGUCACACAACAGUGCUUGGCACCUCCUUCUUUCUGCACAAGACAGUUGUUUUCGACACCUCCAAAUCCCAGCUGGGGAUUGCGGAGUCGGCGUGCCCCGAAUACCACUACAGAACUCCAAAAGCUGAGACAGGGCAGUUGUUGAUAGCGCAGGUGUCUUCCCCACGAUCAUCUCCAGCAUCUCAAUUUGACCUGCCAAGUGAGGGAAACAUUCACUUUCUUGCCAUUUGUUUGGGAGUAGUUGGACUUCUACUUUUGUUGGUGGCUUGUGCGAUGUGCCUGUGGGCGUACCUUGUAGAGGAGGAGGACGAUGAAAGCGAAGUUCAACUUGCAGAUCGCAAAUUGGUUUCUGAUCUGGAGUGAUGAUUGAGCGAUGGUCCGAGCCAAUGAGCUCAGCAAAAAAUGAUGAUGACACGGCAUGGAAUUGCACAGUGUGGUAGAUGCUCUAGAGACUUUUUAGGGCACUCUUAC